UGAACGAAUCACGCCAUGGCGUCAGGGUUUAUUCCUCAGACAUGGGAAAUGUACGAUAUGUUUCAAGCAUUGCUACAGGCUCCAUCGUACCAUCUUUUCUUUGAAGCAUUGCUUAUCAUCUGGAUUUUCAAACUACUCUUUUUCUCAAAGGCGUACGCUCCUGAAUCCGUUCUCACAGAGAAAGAAAAAGAGGAACUGAUUGCGGAAUGGCAACCCGAACCCCUUGCCCCUGAAAUCCCUGAAGAUCACCCAGUAUUACAGGCUAUGGAAAAUAAUAUAAUUACAGGAAAACCUGGUAAAUAUGUUACGAUCAAUGGAAAAUCCUGUAUAAACAUGGCUACUCUGAACUUUCUGGGCAUGGCUGGCAACCCAUCUGUUGAGGCUGCUGCCAUCAAAACUUUGAAGAAGUAUGGAGUAGGUUCAUGUGGCCCCAGAGGAUUCUAUGGUACUAUGGACGUUCACUUGGAACUAGAGGACAAACUAGCUAAAUUCAUGAACUGCGAGGAAGCUAUUCUAUACGCAUUUGGAUUUGCUACGAUUGCAAGUGCUAUACCUGCUUACUCCAAGCGAGGGGAUGUUAUAUUUGCGGAUGAGGGUGUUUGCUUUGCUAUUCAAAAAGGAUUGGUGGCUUCAAGAAGCAAAAUCAAAUGGUUUAAGCACAAUGACAUGGAAGAUCUGGAACGUCUUCUUAUUGAACAAGCCAAAGAAGAUAAAAAGAACCCAAAGAAAGCCAAAGUGACCAGGAGAUUUCUCUUAGUGGAAGGACUUUAUAUCAACUAUGGAGACUUGUGUCCACUUCCCAAAUUAGUUGAACUGAAGUGGAAGUACAAAGUUCGACUCUUUAUUGAAGAAAGUCUAUCAUUUGGUGUUCUGGGUGCAACUGGAAAAGGUAUUACAGAACACUACUGCAUCUCUCAGGAUGAAGUUGACCUGAUAGCAGCAUCAUUAGAAAAUGCUAUUGGAUCAACUGGGGGAUUCUGCUGUGGGAAGAAGUAUAUAGUAGAUCAUCAGAGAUUAUCAGGACUUGGAUACUGCUUUUCUGCAUCUUUACCUCCCAUGCUAGCCACCGCAGCAAUAGAGUCCUUGCACUUGAUUGAUGAGCAGCCAGUCAUGUUGAAUCAGCUCCGAGAGAACUGUGAAAAAAUGCACGAGAAGCUGAGAGAAAUAAAAGGGAUACUUAUAGUAGGGGAACCCCUAUCACCUAUCAAGCAUAUAAGACUGGCUGAGCCUAGCACUGAUCGGGAUUUUGACGUCCAGACUCUGCAGAAGGUGGCUGAUCUCUCCAGGGAAAACAAAGUCGCUGUAACGCUUGCUCGCUAUUUAGAAGAAGAGGAGCAUAAGCUUCCCAUACCCAGUAUCAGGAUAUCUGUGAACAACCAGCUCUCUGAUGAGGAGAUUGACAAUGUAUGCUUUACACUAAACGAGGCAUUUCAGAAAAUUCUCUCUCAUUGAUGAUGGAACUUUAAUGUGAAUUUCAUAAGAUAAACAUGAUAAAGAACUACCGGGUAUCAACUGCAUAACAUGUAUUAGACAUUAGAUGCAGUUAAGAUGUAUGUCAUGAUUCAUUGUACCAUAACUACACUUAGAAGAAUGAAGACAGUUAUCAUAUUUAUUAGGUUAAGUUAACUUAUCCUUUUUCCUUAAGAUAUUUUGCGUGUACAUGUACAUGGUUUUCACCCAGGUUAACUCUGUUCUGAUUUGAGCAGAUCAUCAGUCAUUAAUAUGAUAAACAAUUAAAGAUAUGGAUUUAGUCAAUUGAAGAUGCUCAGUGCUAAAACAUUUUGUCCAAGUGCUAGCAAAUGCAAGUCAAAUGUAGUUGUAUAAUGUAUGUUUGAGCGAAAUUUCUCAGCAAGUAGUCUACAUGCUUAUAAAUUGGUUUAGCAUUAUUUUCCAUUCAUUCAAUGUCUUGGUUUGUUGAUCAUGUUGAUAGUUUUCCUUUUGAAGUUUGUACACACAUGUAUAAAAUUAAUGACUUUGAAAAAAAAUAAUUUUGUGUCUGGAUCAGUCCAUUUAGCUGUAUAUAUGUUUAAUGGCAUGUUCUUUAGUUUGAAUUUAUUGAAGUUGAGUCCUAUAUUGACCUGGUCUCAUCAAAGUUUGUGUGAAAAGACUAGACUCUAUGACACAAUCUGUAGAGAGUCGAUAAUCUGCCAAGCAGUGAAGCUUUGUGUAUAUUUUGUAAAGUUGCAAAUAAGUAAGUGGUGUCAGUAAAUUAUUGAUUACUAUUCAAUAUGUAAAUGCUGUAAUUAAUAAUUGUGUGUGGAUUUGAAUUUUAAAGGGAGAAAAUAGAACAAAUAUGUAUUUAGUUACUUUUAUAGUAUACAUAUAUAUGUUGAACUGUGAUAAGUAUUGUUCCAAAUAAUUUAUAAUCGCACUAGACAACCAAACAUUUAUUAUCAAAUACAUGCUGAAUUAGCAUCCUCCCUUCCCUCCCCCCCCCCCAGUAUAUUCCCAUGUUUGUUUAGAGUAGUUUAUAAGUUAUUUAAAAGAUGCAAGUCCUUUUUGUUAACUGAUUCUUUAGUCUUGUCCAGAAUGCUUUUAAAUUUAUGAUUAUCAAAAACUUAGAGAUAUCAUGUUUAUACAUGUAUUUUGAAAUACAGAGGGUUUUGUUU